AUUAUUGGAUACCAUGAAAAUGACGGGAACAACCAUAGCCAACCAAAGACAGCCUGCCAGUUUUGCAAUUAGUGAUAUUUUAGAAUUAGAUAGACAAAAUAGUGAAGAAAUAGAUCCAAUAACGACAGAUAUGUCCGUUUACCCCACACACCACGACCUUUCCUAUUCGACUAGACAUCAGUGGCUUCAAGUACCUGAACCUGGAAUGCAUCACGCACCACCACACCUAACCAUUCCACCUCAUUCGUCGCAACUAAGCCCAGACAGCACCAGCCCCGCAAUAUCAGAGAGAUCCAGCGUCCCUCCAGACACGCCGCUCGGCGACUCUAACAUGACAAAUCCCCUCAAUCAAGCUCCUUCCUCGAUGGGAACGAUCAGCGAAGGAGAAAUGGAAGAACAAGAUGACAUUAAGGAAGAAGAAGGAGAACAACAAUCUAACGGACCGAAGAAAAGGAAAAGGAGAGUUCUGUUUUCGAAAGCGCAAACUUAUGAGUUGGAAAGGAGGUUUAGGCAACAAAGGUAUCUCUCAGCUCCCGAGAGGGAGCAUUUAGCGUCAAUAAUUAGGCUCACUCCAACGCAGGUGAAAAUUUGGUUCCAGAAUCAUAGAUACAAGACUAAGCGAGCCCAACACGAAAAGGGCAUGCACGAUCAACAAAACAACCCCAUGCCAUCCCCAAGGCGAGUAGCAGUCCCGGUCCUCGUCCGUGACGGCAAACCAUGCUUAGCAGGCGGCCAAAAAACCGACAACGUUCCCUUACCAAGUUCGAUGAUGAUGGCGAACCACGCGGCUCAUCCUUUAAUGUACGGCCAACCCAGGGUUUGGUGGUAGAACAUAUCAGUAGAGAUGGUUAA